UUCCUUUGUUCGUUUUGAUAAAUUUGAAAAAAAAAAAGAAAUAGAAAAAUCCUUAUCGUUUUGCACUCGAGUGGGUUCGUCUAAUGUUUAUUUUUUUUGAAGAGUUCGCAUGUUAUCCUUGCGUUUGUUGUGUUAUUUUGAUGCUCGCAUGUGUUUGGGUUUUGGUGUGUGCGGUAAAUUAUGUUAAUUGAUGUUAAAAAUCUAAGAGAUGAGUAAAAAUCAAUGAAAUUUUAAUCAAAUAAAAUCUAAGAAAAAAUAUUAGAAAUCCAUUUGUUGGGCAGUUUUGUUAAAGAAAACAGCUGGUCCUAUUCGCAUUGUGAAGCCUAUUUUUGUUGCCAAGAAAAUUAUAAUUUGUUGUUUGAAAAAUCAGUCAGUCUGUGUGUGAAUUUAGUGAGUGUGAAUCAUGAGGAGGACUACAACAUACAGUUUAUGGCUGAUAGUGAUUCCGUGCACAAUAUUAUGGAUUACCGGAAGCAGUUUUGCCAGAUUAGAUAGGAAAAUGGAUCCCGCUAUGAUGUCUCAUGAUAAUGUGGUAUGUAUACAAUUGAAACGAAUGAUGACACGACGACGACGCUUUUGGCGUAUGUUGUGAGGGUAAUAAAUUUAAUGGAAAUCAGUCAGCUAUCAGUACAAUUACCUAAUGGAGUUUGGAUAUCUUCCAAAAUCAGACAUUGAAACGGGAAACUUGAGAACCGAAACCCAACUGAAGGAUGCCAUUAGAAACUUGCAGAAAUUUGGAAACAUCCCAGAAACAGGUGAAAUCGAUAACUCCACACGAAAGCUGAUUCUGAGACCACGUUGCGGUGUGCCUGAUAAGAUGGAUGCACAAGAUUUCUCGUCGGAUAAUCUCGGUGGCAGCAGAUGGUACAAGGAUAGCGGGGGACGUCGGCGGAGGCGUCCGAAGCGUUUCGUUCUCCAAGGAGCCAAAUGGGAUCACACCGACUUAACAUGGAGUUUGGUCAAUCAAACAAUGUCGACACUGAGUCCUGGCGAAGUGAGACGUGUCCUGACUAAUGCUUUGGCAGUUUGGGAACGAAAUUCAAAGUUGACAUUCCGUGAGGUGAACAGCAACCAGGCUGACAUUCAAGUACUUUUUGCAAGGAAAAAGCAUGGGGAUGGCUAUGACUUUGAUGGUCCUGGCCAGGUUCUGGCGCAUGCAUUCUAUCCGGGUGAAGGUCGUGGCGGUGAUGCACAUUUCGACGAAGAGGAGAGUUGGCUUCUAAAUGGGGCCGUCGAGGAUGAGGGAACAAACCUUAUGGGAGUAGCAGUUCACGAAUUCGGCCAUUCACUCGGUUUGGGUCAUUCCUCUGCAGAAAAUGCAAUUAUGUUUCCUUGGUAUCAUGGCUAUCAAAUCAAUGGUGAACUACCAGAAGAUGAUCAAUUAGCUAUUCAAAAUUUAUAUGGGAAUAAAGAUAAACAAUGGGGUCCAUAUAAUCCAAGACCACUGCCAACAACUACCACCACAACAACAACAACUACUCAAAGACCGAUUAGAUAUUAUCCUGAUAAACAACCCACCUAUCCCGAAUAUCCUAGAAGAAGACCUAGCAAUCCGGAUAACAGACCACAUUAUCCGCACUACAAACCAAACGAUCCACGAUACUCGCCAAAUAAUACUCCCUACAGUCCGAAUGAUCCUCGAUAUCCUUAUUCGAAACCUACACGACAUCCUCCCCCAAGAGCUCGACCCGAUAACGAAAUACCCUCUCGAACACCUUCAACUCCACGACCUACAUCAUCACCAAGAACUGAAACUCAUCGCCCAAGAACUCAACCUCACCGUCCGAGAACAACACACAUGCCUAGACAUAAGCACCGCCAAACUACUGUGGAACCAAAUAAGCCUGAUGGUUGUAAGACUCCUUAUGAUGCUAUUUCUAUGCUCCGACGGGAGCUAUUUAUUUUUAAAGAUCAGUAUUUAUGGCGAAUUGGAGAACAAGGACUGUACCGAGGCUACCCAUACGAAAUUCGUAGGCUUUGGAGUAAAAUUCCAGAAAACUUCUCAAAGAUCGAUGCAGUAUAUGAGAAUGCACGAGGAAAGAUCGUGUUCUUCAUAGGUCGUUAUGUUUAUGCUUUUAGUUCGACAGAAUUAGAACAUGGUUAUCCCAGACCUCUAACAGAUCUCGGCCUUCCAAGCUACGUUGAUCAUAUCGAUGCAGCAUUAAUUUGGGGUCAUAAUAAUCGCACCUACCUCUACAGUGGCACCCUUUACUGGCGCUUCGACGAAGAAAUUGGCCGAGUAGAAUUAGAUUAUCCUCGCGAUAUGUCCAUUUGGGAUGGCAUUGGUUAUUACAUUGACUCAGGCUUCCAAUACACCAAUGGAAAGACUUAUUUCUUCAAAGGUCUACAAUAUUGGGAAUUCGAUGAUAACAGAAUGCGAGUAGCUCACUAUAAACCAAAAUUAUCUGCUCACAAAUGGAUGAAUUGUCCAAGAAUUGAAUCGAAUGAAAUCGAUCAGAAUCCAUCGUUUAAUUCGCCGUUAGUGUCGGAAAGAAACUUUCCGAUAUCGAAAGCAACGUCAUCGUGGCGAGUUUCGUGGAAAUUUACUAUUUUAUUAGGAGUUAUAGUUCCAUUAUUAAUGUACAUUUAGUUAAUUUAACAGAGCUUGUAGUUUUAUAGUUUGUAGGUGCUUAUUCGAAUUAUUUUAAAACAUACUAUUAAGGCGUAAAUUGUUGAUGUCUGUCGUGAACUUCAUUCUUUUUUCUGUAUUAACCUUAAAUCAAUCACCUUAAGUCUGUGGAUAUAAAGUUUUAAAGAAUAGUACAGAUUUAAAACACAGAAAGUGUUCACACUUGUUGUGACUGUGGGUGAACAUAAUCCUGUUCCAAAUUGUUUAAUGUUACGUCACUGAACAGUUGAAAAGAGCAAAUAGUUAAACAUCCUUAAACAUCCGCAAUGUACACUAAGUUACUGUACUGUAUGUCAAAGUACACUAUACUGUUUGUCACAGUAAACUGUACUGGAUCUCACAGUAUACUGUACUGUAUGUCACAGAACACUGUAUUGGAUGUCACGGUAAACUGAACUGGAUUCAAAUUUUCUAUUCAGCCUCAAAUAUCUGCAACGUACACUGUACUAUAU